GCUGAGCUGAGCGGGGAGGAGGCAGAGGCAGGGGGUUUCCACUUUUCAGCACAUUAUCACGGCUAACUUGAGACAAGACAACAGCUACGACAAAGCUCGCCAAAGAAAGUUACCAAUCAUCUAUUGUAUCCACGUAUGACAUCACCUGACCUGGUGUGAAAAAAAUGACCAUAAUCCUGCGAUUGCAAGGCCUCGAUGUGAAGGCAGGUAUUGAAGAUAUACGGACAUUCUUUGAACGCCUUCACAUUCCUGAUGGGGGAGUGUACAUUUUGGGAGGAAGUCUCAGAGAGGCUUUUAUUGCAUUCACCACUGAAAAAGAUGCCCAGCUUGCCAUGCGGUACACUGGACAUUUCCUUAAAGGGUCUGAGGUGACUCUACACAUAAGCAGCAUGGAGGAGAUGGAGCACAAACUAAAGUCAUUGUUAAAGAAGAGAAAGAAACCCUCCCCCAGACAGCCUACUGUGAAGAAACCUCAGCCAUCUUCAGAUGCAAAUGUGCUACCCUUGAAUGCAUGUCCUCCCAAUACUGCAAAUCUUCAACCGCCUACUGUAUGGCCUCUUGAUUCCAACACUGCAAAUCUGCUACAGCCUCUUCAUCCCAAUACUUCAAAUCUACAACCUUCCAAUGCAAACUUAGUUGAUUCCAAUGCUGCAUUUCUUCUUGGGAUUUAUACUGUACUGCAAGGUCUACAGUCAUCCCUUCAAAGAGAAAACAAUGAGGCAAUGCCAGGAGUUGAUGUACCCAAACCAGACAGCACAGUUGCGUCUGAGGUGAGGACACCAAAGCAAACUCUGGACUCAAGGCCAGGCUACGUUAGGCUAUUUGGUCUGCCAGCCUCCACUACAAAAGAGAUAAUCUGCAAUUUUUUCAAAGGUUUGACAGUACAGGAAGCCAUAGUGAAUGUUGAGUUGGGACGUAGCCACGCCUGCCUUGUGAAGUUUGCAAACAUGCAGGAUGCAUGUGAUGCCCUUCUCUUCAACCAACAGUUCCUGGGCCCCAUCUGUGUGGAGGUACGACCAGCAACUGAGAAGAUGUGGACCAGUGCGCUGCAAGAUUGUCUUUUGAAAAAAGACCACAGAAAAUCUGAUGUUGGGGAGAGAGUGAAACCCAAGCAAAACCCUCUUGUGGAAAACCACAAAAACACUUCUGCACUGCAGCUCAAGAGGCGAUCUGUCAACCAUGAUCUGCCAUCUAAAUUACCAAAAAAGCCAAGACUUGAAAGUGACUCACCAACUAUGGAGUACAUUGUCAUGGUCAAGAAUCUACCCAAAACAAUGACCAAGACAGAAAUUAAAGAAUUGUUUGGAUGUCCAAACAUUGCACACAAAAAUGUACUACAUCUACUUGACAAGGAAGGCAACAGAACAGACACUGCUUUUCUUAUUUUUAAAUGCACUGAAGAUUACGACUAUGCAACGAAUCUCACCGGCUGCCACGUGGGCUCUGAUGCCAUUGUGGUCUCAUCAAUCACUAAAAUGAUGAUGAGAGACAUGAUGGCCAAAACCCAUUUCAGGAGGCUUAAGCCGUGUCCGAAGACAGAAACAAAAAAGAAACCAAAACAAAAGAGGAAAUCAAAUCCAGUUGAGACUCCAGAAAAAGCACCUAGCAUGAACCCGGACCCAGCAGCUCAGACAUGCUUGUUUAUCAGAAACAUGCCUGCAGAUGUACAGAAAAGUAAUAUCAAAUUACUUUUCUGCAAAUACAAACUGAUGAAGGAUAAUAUCACCUUACUGCACGACAGUGAUGGCAACGGUAUUGGUGAGGCCGUGGUUCAGUUUAAAUCACAAAAGCUUGCUGCGCAGGCUCAAAGGCUCCACGGUCGGGACUUCCUGGGUACGAAAGUGCUUCUCACUCGCAUAAAUGUGAAGCAGAUGAAGGACAUCUUGACACGAAGUGUUUGAGUUUGACAACAAUGAUCAAAUGCAGACACCGUGGCGUUUGUCUUCAACUGUAAUUCAGCUUGAUGGCAUCAACAUCAGUUGUUUUGUGGAGUUUUCCACUUAUUAAAUGUUUCCUUCAUGUUCAAUAAGCAUGGUUAAGCUUUUCAUCACAUUCCAUACAUUUUCAAAUAAAUGUUUAUUCUGUU